AUGUGCAAUUAUAGGGAAAAGGGAGACUGGUCCAUACUUGGUCACUUUUUAACAGAGGUCCAGAGUCAUGGGAAGAUGUGGCUCACCGUGGUACCGCUGUUUGACAUCCUGUUGGUGGCGCUGGUGAGUGAUGGCAUGCACAGUGACAAGCAGUCCAAGUUCACCUGCGACCUGAUCUGCAGCAACGUCUGUCACGACACGUUCGCCCCCAUCUCGCACCUGCGUUUCUGGGUCCUCCAGCUCAUGCCGGUUUCCACGCCCUCCAUCUUUCAUACCAUCUAUGUGCAGAACAGGAUCGCCCAGGGUGAAAAGCUGGAGAUGGAGAGGGAGAAGGUCAAGGUUCAACAGCGCAGGGAGAAGGAUCCUUAUAGGUUGGCAUGCCCACUUCAGACCCCACUCCAUGAAGAGAUUCGGGCCCCCCAAGAGGAGCAGGAGUGUGUGAAGGAGGAUUCAGAGAAUGGGAAAGACCCCGCCCACAUUUCCAGAAAGGUGCUGUUGAUCGACGUCAUCCACAUACUUCUGUGAUCCAUCUUGGUGAUCACCAUCCUGGUAGGACAGCACUACUAGUUUGGUUACAAGACCAUCUUUCUCCGCUUCAUAUUCAGCAUCAGCUGAUGCUGCUUCAUCCUCAGCGUCAGAGAGCUGCCGUACCUGUGCUUGGUUCAUGUCGUCCGCGUGCCCUGUUCCAUCUGCCUCAACUGCCUCAACGGACUUCAAGAGCACUUGCCUGUCUGUGUGUCAACCAGGGAGUCCUCCAGAUAAGACUGAGAUGUGCCCUAGCUAUCUCCUUUCAAACCAAAGCUGCGGUGCAGUGCGCCCCCAAGAGGCCCAACAGUGAAGUGGAGGAGAGAAACCAAAAAAGAAAAGAUAUAUGGGCAGAACUGACCAAUGCAGAAAAUCACGUGUGCAAAUUUUAUAUGGGCAGAACUGACCAAUGCAGAAAAUCAUGUGUGCAAAUUUUAUAUGGGCAGAACUGACCAAUGCAGAAAAUCAUGUUUGUAAAUUCAAUAUUCUUUCUAUCUAUCUAUCUAUCUAUCUAUCUAUCUAUCUAUCUAUCUAUCUAUCUAUCUAUCUAUCUAUCUAUCUAUCUAUCUACCUAUCUAUCUAUCUAUCUAUCUAUCUAUCUAUAUUUUAUUUUUUGUUUCAGUAUUUGUUUUUUCUUGAUUGCUUUGGAGCAUUUCUCAAAUGACAAUUAACAUUUGCAAAACAGCAAGUAUAAUCCCCACACCACAAUGUCACUUCUCAUUGCUUCACACAAAUUUCCAAAUGUUUUAAUACAUGUAUGCACAUCGUAUUGCACAAUUAAAUCAUGUGGCACAGUUUUCAUUUGAUUUGGUCUUGUUGGUCAAAAGAGAGUAUGUAGUUUCUCCUUGUAAUAAAUUUUCACCCAAAACUAUAUAUAUAUAUUCAUGUGAUCAUCAUGUAAGCCAGAACACAAUGUAGAACCUUGUAAUAUUGAAAGUAGUCUUUGACAUGAAUAAGUAUGUCUGCAAAUGAUCAGUAAGUGACAAUGAGUAAGUGGGAACUGACUAUCAUUCAGAAUUGUGGAGCUCAGGAGCAUAAUUACACUGACAUUUGGAUGAUCUAAGCACUUUGGCUUUCAUGGCUAAAAUGAUGCUGAUUGUACUUUUCGUUUUGGAGGCACUGACUAAUUCAUUGGUGAAAUUAUCUGCUUUUGAGACAUGAGUUAAUUGCUUCGGGUAAGUUACAGCCUUCUGCAGCUGAACCAUUGUGCGUUUCUGCGUGCACGAACCGAGAAAUGCUUUUGCGGCCAAGAGAAUGUUAAGCAUGUUUAUGAAAUGUGCUAAAGCAAUCGUGAAACACUAUAAAAACUACAAGAGUAACUUUUAACCGGUUUAUCUGGAAACCUACAACUUUAGGUAUGGCAGUCAUGUCUAAAGGUGUAAAAAAUGCAGAAGCACCUGCUGCUAUACCACCUGCCAGUGUUGGAACUUGUUAGUUGACUAGAGGCUGCUGCUUGCAAUUCACCUGUUUUUAGACCAUUUAUAUUUUAACUCCACGUACGACUAUUCUUUAAGGUUCAUAUUAUUUCUGUGUUAGGCCUGUGUAACGUUUUAAGUUAGACUUUGCUUUGGAGUCGGCAAAAGAUGAUGUACAAUGGAAAUGUGGUACCUUUUACUAAAGUCAACAUGAUUCUAAAGAAACUGAGUUUUAUGUCCUGUAGUACAUUAAGUAAUAUUAUUUGAAAAACCUGGGAAGAUCCUAGCUAGUUAUGAAGUAUAUCACCUUUUCACAUAUGAAAUAAGCCGUCCAGAAAAUCACGUCAAAAAUUAUUUCUAUAUUGUUAAUAUGCUGUAAACACUUUGUGGAGAGCGUUUCCUGGAAUAGCAAUGGCAAAAGCAACAUUUACGAAAUGGCAAAAGCUUUUUACGUAAAAGAUCAUAAUUAUGUUUCAUCCCUUUAACUUGAAUAGUUAAAGAAUAAGAUUCUUCUGCACGAUUUAAAUGUUUAAUGAAGCUUGAAUUAAUUAUUUCUGCUAUUGUUGUUUUUUACGUACAAUGAACAUUUGAAAGGGUCCAGCUAAGUUUAUGUUCAGAUAGCACCACAAAGCUCUUCUCUUGUGUCUGAAUAG